GUAGGAUAAAAUCUUCAAUUUUAAUGUCAACGCUACGAUGCACCACUGACGUUUUGCGCACGAGCUCCAACUGAAUAAUGAAGCUGGGGAGGCCAGCUCUGCUGCAGCUGCAGAAGUCUAUUCUAUCCCCAUCUCUCCGACCGAGACAGACAUCCCAAUGGCUUGGCCUUGGCACAAGAUGUCGAACAGCGCACCAACCUCGGAGGAGUUAUGCUUCGAUAUCAGCUGCAGAGCUACAAUUUGGACAGCCAGUUCAUGAAACGCAUCCCCAUCUGUUAAGAGCUGGAGAAAUCACGCCAGGAAUAACUGCUCAGGAAUAUGCAGACCGACGAUCAAGACUUGCUGCAAGCCUACCAGACAACGGCAUAGCAAUUCUUGCCUCAUCUAAUACGAAAUACCGGUCAGGAGCCGUUUUCUACGAGUUUCACCAGGAGCCAAACUUCUUCUACCUGACUGGAUUCAAUGAACCCGAGGCUGUGGCGGUAAUUCAAAAAGUUGGGUCGUCUGCAGACUAUAUCUUCCACCUCUUUGUUCGCCCCAAAGAUUCAAAAGCAGAGCAAUGGGAUGGAGCCAGGAGUGGGGAACAGGCAGGCCUUGAUGUGUUCAAUGCAGAUGAGUCGGGAGACAUCAACCACUUGCAUACACUACUCCCACGUUUGAUAUCAGGAGCAAAUGAAAUCUAUACAGAUAUAGUAAAAUGUUCUGGAUUUGGUCGAUUCUUCCGGAAUCAAGAUCUCGUACCGAACGACUUCCAGAGAAUGAUCAAAGACAGCAAAGUCAAGCCAUUGAAACCGUUGAUGCAUGAGUUAAGAAUCCUCAAGAGCGAGGCAGAGGUUGCAAACAUGCGUCUUGCUGGGAAGUACUCCGGGCGAGCAUUUACCAACGCUAUGCGCCGCCAGUGGUCCAAGGAGAAGGACUUGGGCGCCUUUCUCGAUUACGAGUUCAAGAUUGGUGGCUGUGACACCACAGCAUAUGUCCCAGUUAUUGCAGGGGGCCAAAAUGCACUCAGUAUUCAUUAUGUCCGUAAUGAUGAUAUCCUGAAAGAGGGCGAGAUUGUCCUGGUCGACGCUGGUGGAGAAUACGGUGGCUAUAUUGCAGAUAUCACGAGGUCGUGGCCUAUCAAUGGGAAGUUUUCGGAUCCUCAACGAGAUCUCUACGAAGCUAUUCUUCGAGUUCAACGAAGCACUAUCUCUCUCUGCAGGGAGAGUGCGAACAUGACGUUGGACAAGCUCCACCAGAUCACGGAGCAUGGACUGAAAGAAGCUCUUAAACAACUUGGAUUUGAUAUGACGGGAGAUUCUUUGGAUGUCCUCUUCCCGCAUCAUGUUGGCCAUUACAUUGGUUUGGAUGUUCAUGACUGUCCUGGUUACCCCAGAUCAGUGCCACUGAAAGCUGGCCACUGUGUAACAGUUGAACCUGGGAUUUACGUGCCAGAUGAUAAUCGUUGGCCAGAACAUUUCCGCGGCAUCGGGAUACGUAUUGAAGACAGCGUUUGUGUUCAGGAUGAUUCACCUUUGAUUUUGACAACAGAGGCUGUCAAAGAAGUUGUAGAUAUAGAGGCAUUGCGUAACUAA